AUGGAUAUCCCAAGUACGAGCAGCGGAGAUGCAAACUAUCAACAAUGGUCACAAGUCAUCGAGUGUCCGAUCUGCUACACAAUCUAUGAUAAGCCAAUGCAGAUGGGAUGUGGGCAUACUUUAUGUUCAACGUGUGUUGGCAAAUUGGUCGAACAAGCCAAAAACAAUCAAAUAGAAGAGCUGCGGUUCCCGCAUAUCGCACGAAUGCAAAUGAAUUUCGAAGAUGGAGUAAUCGGCCUCGGCGGCGGACCCGACGCAUUCGACGAUCAGCAAUGGUUAGAAGUGCCAGCUAUGGAACAGCGUGACCCAAUGCUGCGUGCCUUCAUCGGAUUCCCAGGCGCGCCACCAGGACGACGACGCGAUGCAAACCCCAAUGGCUCCACUGAGAUCAAGUGUCCAGAGUGUCGAAAACCGACUAUCGUACCUGCCGAUGGUCUUCCAAUUAACUAUCGGGUCCAAGAGAUUGUGGGGAAAGUGGCGCCAUUGUUCAAAGAUCGGCAUUUGGUAAAGUACUGUAACCAGUGUGAAGAGGUGCUUGCCGGCGGUGUCUACUUUGAUUGUUCGGACUGUCAAGAGAAGAACAGCAAGAUAUGUUCGACAUGCGCGAUUCGAACGCACAACGGACACAAGCUGGUGGAAAAGAAGGCGUUGACUUCAGAUGACGUUCGGCAGAUGAAGCAGAAGAUCAACGAUGUAUCGGCUCGCGCGUUUCAAGCAUUGGAGGGCAUCAAGAACGCUAUGUCUCCAGUUGGAGGUGCACUAGAAACCAAGGUGAUAGAUAAGCUGUCCGGAUUCAUCAAAGUCUUCGAAUUCAUGAACACCUCCUUCGACUCGAAAAUCAAAGAGACUUCGACAGUGGACGAGUUGAUGAUGGAUGUGCAGAAGGCUGAGCAAGUCGCGAAUCUCUACGAAAGGUCGCAGGACCGCGUAAAGGAUAUGUUGAAUUCCAUCGAAGCUGCCGUGGUGACCUAUUGGCAACCGUUUGAUCAGUUGAGGCAAGAUCUCAACUUUGAGAUGGAGGAUGGGAUAGUGGCCCCGGCGCCACCGGCACCGACCCCAGCUCCAGUUGCACCUCCACCAGCGCCUCAAAACAAUCAACUUAUGGAUCAGCUGAAUGAUAUCCCAGCGGCAGCGAUGCGUGCUCUUCGGCGACCUGUUGGGCAGCAUAAUCUGCAAGUGGAGAGGAUGCGGCUCCGUAAUCGGAACUUGUUCCCAGCACCACCCAUGCAGCAUCAACCUCCACAGCAACAGCAACAGCAGCUACCUCCACCGCCACCGCCACAGCAACAUCCUCAACAACAGGCACCACGUGGAAAUAAUGGUAACAAUGGUCAUAAUGGUCCUCCGCCCCCGCAAAUCAACUUUCCCGUAUGGCAACCGGCACCGCAGAUGGGUCACGCCAUGGGUCCACACAUAAAUAUGAUGCCCGGACCGAUGCGGGGGCCGCCGAGGAUGAUGCAACAGCAGCAAGGACCACCGCAGCCCCCACCGCCUCCAAUGGGAAACUUCGACCUGCUCGAAAUUCUACAGGUGGGCAAUAAUUUACGACAAGGUCCGAUGCCACAACCGAUGCGUCUGAAUGCUCAGAACCUGCACAACAUGGCCCAUCAACACAAUCAGAACGUGCCGAUGCCGCCGCAAAUGCCCAACUUCCAACAGCAACAAAUGCACAUGCGCCAUCAGCAGAUGAUGCAGAACGGUCAAGUGAUGCGGAUGCCACCACCUCCACCGCCACAGCCGCAGUUCCAGGGACAUCCACCGGGACCCCGUCCGAUGCAGCAGUACAUGCAGAUUAUGCCACAGCAACCGCAACAACAGCAGCAGCAGCAGCCGCAACAAAUGCAACCGAUGCCACAGAACUUGCAGCAAAACCUGCAGCAAGUAUUCCAGCAGCAGCCGCAGAUGCAGCAGCCAAUCGUGCAUCAGAUCCAACUUCAGGCUCCCCUACAGCCUCCUCCACAGCAGCUCCAGCAGCCGCCGAUUCAGGAGCAACCAGUAGGAAUUGACGAGUUGCCACCUCCAAAUGAGCCUGUCUGGAACAACGAACCUCCAAUGGGCUUCGGACAACCACAAAUGGGAUUUGAAGGACAACCUGAGGAGGGUGAAGAGGAGGAAGGAGAAGAGCAACAGCCGGAUGUCGCGAUGGUUCCGCCUCCAGAAGACUACGCGCCUGCUGGAGCACUAGACAUGCUUCGUUUUCAGGAAGUUGUUGGAGGAGACGUCUUGCCACGUCACCAUUUGGGUCCACAGCUAAUGAACAACGAUAUCAAUGGAGUUGAAGCAGAUUUGAUUGUUGAGGCUGACGACGUCGAUGAUCAGGAUCAAUUCGAGGAAGCCGUUGAGGAAUUCGGAGAGUUUCAGGAGAUGCAACAAGCUGUCGAUGGAAUAUUACCAGUUUUGGUCCCAGAAGAAAUCGUUCUAAAUAAUGAUGACGUUGUGGUGCCGCCAGAGCUAAAUGCUCCAGUUCUCGUCGAGCAACAAGGCAUUCAGGAUGUUCCAGAAGUUGUCGAAGAGGAGGAUGCUGACGAGGAGGAAGAGGAGGUGUAUGAGAAUCCUCGUAGAGGUGGUGCGCCUCAAGAUAACACUCGUCGUAACACCCGUCGAUCCGUCAGAAGCUCUGCUGAAGAAGGACCAUCCACGUCGUCUGGAAAUCGGUCUACCAGUCCAUCGACGUCUACAAAACGGCGUCGCAUGGAACGCAAGCCGAAGUCUGAAGAGCCAGAGCCAAUGGAAGAGGAUGAGCCAGUGGAUACGGUUCAUCGUCCGCCAAAACGACGUGCCGCCGCCUCAUCCUCAUCCGGUGCAUCAUCUUCUGGAGCCUCCACGUCAUCUGCUCCAACGACUCGCAGCCAAACUCGUUCAUGA